GAAAUUGUCUCGACGACACCUGUAAACGACGCUCUAAUUAGAAAAUCCCCUUAAAUAUCAAUAAUGCAAAGGUUCGUAGAGAAAACUACUCAUGGAUAAUGUGCGGGGUCGGUAGUGACUGUGAAAUAGUUUUACAAUGGAGACUGAGUCUGUGAGGUCGGAGAUAAGCAGCCGAUCUCGGCGGAGUUCGAGACACAGGCAGCACACGCAUCGCAGCACACGGAGUUCCAAGUCCCACAAAAAAGACUGCAUGGACAACACAAUGGCACCAUUCCAGACCAGUGUGAACAUCAAUCCAGAAAUAGGGAGAGAUGGUCAAGAAGUCAUAGAGGUUCAGAUCCUGCCUCAAGAUGAGAAUUGGGGGGAGAACACCACAGCUGUAACGGGGAAUACAUCAGAAGGCUCGCAGUCUAUGGAAGAUGUUAGCAAUUGGCCAAUGGAUUCUGACAGUGGGCUAGGUUUUGUUUGUUCGAGAUAUUUUGGUACCACAGUCGCUUUAGGAUUAUCAUUUGUUUCGUUUGUGAGCCCACUGGCAAUGGUAGUUUUGCCAAAGUUAGGUUUCUUCCCCGCCCUGUCAGAGAAUAAAGCCAUUCAGCCCAGUCAAAUCAUUCAAUUGCUUUCCUGCACGGCUGAGUGUAAAGGUAUAUUAUUAUCAUUAGCCUUCAAACUAGUUUUAUUAGCUAUUGGCAUAUGGGCUAUCUUUUUACGCCCGAGGAACGCCAUAUUGCCAAGAAUAUUCGUGUUCAGAGCGAUGAUGCUCGUGAUUUUAGCGGUUUGUACAUUUUCCUAUUGGCUCUUUUACUUCGUACAAAUAAAUGAGGCCACGAAAGCUUUAUCCGUCGGGGAGGAGGCGAUGGACUAUACCUCUCUAGUUUCCUACGUAUCCAGUUUUGGAGACACGUUGAUCUUCAUACACUACGCCGCGGUCGUGCUGAUGGAGAUACGACAUCUCGAACCCGUCUAUUAUAUUAAAAUUGUGAGAAGUCCCGACGGAGAGAGCAGAUCGUACUCCAUCGGCCAGCUGAGCAUACAGAGGGCGGCCGUGUGGGUCCUGCAGAAGUACUACACGGAGUUUCCGAUUUACAAUCCGUAUUUAGAGAAGAUUCCAAUUUCGAAGUCGCAGAGAAAGGCCCAGGCCAGCAUAAAGUUCUACGAGGUCGAUUCGACCACUAACACCCCCUCGGGGCAAACCAGGUCGACGGGCGGCUCGUGCGCCGGCAGCGCGGGGCGGCGGCGCGACUCGGGCUCGGCGCACAACGAGCGCUACUACGAGGAGGCCGAGCGCGAGCGGCGCGUGCGCAAGCGCCGCGCCCGCCUGCACUCCGCCGCCGAGGACGCCUUCGCGCACGUGCGCCGCGUGCGCCUCUCCGCCGCCAACGGCGGCGCGCUGGGCCCGCGCGAGGCGGCGCAGGCCGUGUUCCCGUCGCUGGCGCGCGCGCUGCAGAAGUACCUGCGCGCCACGCGCCAGCAGCCGCGGCACUCCGCGGACUCCGUUCUGGCCCACCUGGCUCGAUGUCUCUCUCAGGACGCUUCGCCCCGGGCCUUCCUGGAGCCUUUCCUCGUGGAGGGUCCCGUGCUAUCCGCGGAACAGGAAGCUAGACCGAUUCAACGCUGGUCUCUGAUAUCAGACGAGCUCCUCGCGAGACCCCUAGCUGACAACAUAGAAUUCCAACUCAGACAAGGUGACGUAUCCCUCAUAUGUUCUAUAAAACAACUGCCCAAGUUCAGUCUGGCCGAGGAGGUGGUGGAUCCGAAGAGUAACAGAUUUAUACUCCGGCUCAAUUCAGAGACCUCUGUCUGACAAGAGGGGUACUCCGUUCAGGAUGGACAUAGACUCGUAUGACAUAUAGAAUUUAUUUAGUUCUGAUCGUUAUCGAAGGUUCUGUUGCUUGAAAUUACAACGUACGCUUUAUAAUAGCGCUGAUGUGUUCUGUAAGCCUUCCAGAGUAAAGACUUAAAUUUUAGACCCUUUUGCUAGUAAGUCGUUGACGAAAAAACUAUACAUUAUUAUCUAUAUAAAGGUAUCAUGUGUUCAUAUUGAAAGUAUGCGCUUUAUUGCUUCGAAGGUUAGAUUUUUCUUGAGACCAUCACAACAUUUUUAAAAUAUGUCUAAGAAUUAAAAAUAAAAUUGUAGAAAGAUAUAGUUUAAAAAUAAAUUCUGCGAAAGAAUGUCAAUCUUAUAUUUUUUAUUUUAGAUAUUUAUUUGAAAUGGCAACACUUAAGCCGUUUAAGUGUUAAUUUAGUUGCCUUUAAAACUUAAUUGUAAGCAGUCGAUAGUCGAAGGAGAACUUGAAAUAUUUCAUUCCGGUUCUCGAACUUUUAACCACAGACUGAAUAUAUAAAAUACUCGAAUCCAGUGAUCUUUUAAACCAGUAUAUAAUAAUAUUUUCCAUAAUCUCAUCGUGGAAUUACGAAAUUAUAUGAAUCUCAUUUUAAUAACAUUUGAAUUUCGACGCCAUUUUGUUUUGUAUAAGACUUAAAAUGCAUUUAAUACAUUUUUACUGUUUACAGUUAUGUAUAUUUGUGUCAUAUUUAUCGUUUUAAGUAAUUGUUGUAAGAUUUAGUUAAGUAAAGGAAUGUAAUGCACAAAUUUUAAUACAAACUUAAUGUAAGUAGCGAAUAGAUUUUGUUUUUGCCGGAAAAAUUAGUACCUUAAUUUUUUAAUGUUUUUUUUAUUUUUUAUUUUUAAAUUAUCUAAUAUCAUAAGUGUGAUGUUACUUUGUUUAAGUUAAAUAAAACAAAAUGUCACAAAUAAAACUACUGUUAUAUAAUAAAAAAUAAAUCGUCAUAUCCGGCUAAGUAAAGUAUUAUUAUUUAGAAUGUAUAAUUGCACAUACGGAACCACGUUACGUGUAAAUUAUAAACUCUUGUAUAUUUAAAUUUUUAUCAAAAUCAGAAAAGAUAUAACCGUAAUAAUAAAAUUCAAUCUAAAUUGUAUUUUGCCGCCAUUAUCAUUUUAAAUAUUUUCAUUCCGUUCAUUCGUACGUUCUUCGAUUGAUCGAGACAGUAUUUCAAUUUAGAUUUAAGAUAUCUGCCAAUUGAACAUUUACGAUAUUUGGAUCACGAAUGAAAUGAAUGGAAUGUUCGUUUUUAAAUUUAUAAUCUUUAAUAUUGACUUUUUUUGCCUGACCUAUAAACUCGUAAGCGAGUCUUACACUGUGUGCUGUGUAUUUAAGCACUGGCAGCUAGAUAAAUUAUAUAAUAUAAAUAAUUGUAUAGACAUAUAUAUCAUAGUUUUAAGACCAUAUCAUAGUUUAAAUUAAAUAUUUAUUCACGAGGCAAUGUUAAAAAUAUCCUAUCGGUACACGUCUAUUUUGUAGACAUUUUAAGGAUCAACGAGGAAAACUGUGUUUAAUGUUUUGGUGUUCUUGAAGAAAAUUGUAACUGAAGUCAAGAAUUAUAUAAGAUUUUAGGGUUACUGCAACAUAAUUAUAGUGUUGAUAAUUAUACCAAUUUUAAUAUCAAAUUAAAUGUUAAAUAACGAUGUAUAGACGUCAAAACUGUACAACCAAGUACCUUUAGGUAGAAAAUCUUGGACAUUCAUAAACUACGUAGCCGUCUCAAUUUGAUCGAUUUUGUGCUACAAAGUAUAUUCGCCUUCGUAUGUUCUCAAAAAAUUGGUACAAUUAUGAAUGGUUAUAGCAAAUAUAUAAACUGCCACGUAUAACAGUGUUAACUCACCAUAAUAGAUGUAAAUCAAAGCUUCUAUUGUAUUCGAUGUAUUCUUGGCUAAAUUGACCAAAGAUUGCUUCACUAAGAUAAUUGUAACAUAUCCUAUUAAAAUCUUACAAUAUAAUAAUAAUUAUCGUGAAGCAGAGUGGUGUUGGAACCAUAUGUAAAAUAAUUUAAAAACUCAAGGUCACGCAUUUACUAUCGUCCGUAGCUUGACGCCUGGCUUGACAAAAUAUGCCCAAUUAAAGCCAAAUCGGCAGUCAAUGGCAGGGCAAAUCAGUCAUCUUUUCAGACAAUAUGGUAUUUUCGGCAGUGAAAAAUAAUUUGUGAAAUUUGAUAAAAUUAAAAUAUAUGUAGAAAAAUAUUCCGUAAAAUUCAGAAUCCAAAAACGAAGAGAAAACUUCAAGGCAAUUAUCGAAUCAGGCGUCAAUUUACUUUGCUAAGUAAUGAUAAAAGACUUACAUUAUGUAUUAUAGUGCUUCAAAGUAACGACGAAUGCAAUUUUUUUUUAACAUAUUUUUUUUAUGAAAUUGGGACUUUUUUAAAUAUCGAAGGUUAAAAUGCAUUCCAUACUGAACAGUAUUGAAUUUAAUAUAAUGUUUAUAAUUAAAAAAUGUCUAUGAUGCAUUCAAUGUUUUUACAAUAUACGGAUAAGUGUUUUAUUAUCUGUAAUAUCAUUCACCUGUGUAUAGACUAUAGACUGAUGAAGUGUCAUGUUGCUCAAAUCGCAGCCUUUGUAAAACGCUUGUGCCUGUAUAAUAUAAGUACAUAGAUUCGAGUAUUAUGAUAAUUAGCUUAGAAGAUACAUGUAAGAUGUCAAUAUGGUUAAUGAUGCUCAUACACAUAUAGAAAACAGUUCGAAAUUUAAAAAUAUUUACCUCGCUAUGUCGACUCAAUUUUAGUUUUGUUUUCAUUGAGUGUUCAGGGAGCAUUCAUAGACUAUGUCUGGUCGGGGAUGUUUUUUUAUGUAGAAUAAAUUUUGAGUUGUGAAUUGAAGGAGCGCUAUCCUCCUUUACAUGAAUUGUGUUCAUAAUAACGAACGCAUAUGUUUUAUCGAUAUUAUUGGAAUGUUUAGAGAAUUUAGUGCAACUUUAUAUGUAACAUAUUUGACGGAAAGAGAUUUUCACUUCUAUGAAGUUUAAUCAUAAAUUUAGUUAAAAUUGAAGUAUGAUAGUUAAAUAAUUUCUUGGAUAGAUUAAUAGGAGGGAAAUAUGGAACCACCUAGAUUAUGAAAACUCCCGAAAUGACUUAUGUCAUAUAAAGAACAGCUCGACUAUUGUUUGUUAGGAAAUAAAAAGCACAAUUUUUAUAUGUAACAUUUUUAAA